AUGUCUCCCAAGGUUUCUCGGAAGAGCCGACCCCAAUCCCAGGCCGGGGCCCCCAAGGCCCAGUUUCAGGCCGGGCAGAGGCUGCUGUGCCUGCAUGGCUCCCUGCUCUACGAGGCCAAGUGCAUGCGUGUGGCCGAGGUAGCAGCCGAGUCGGAGGCCGAGAUGGAGGCCGGCUCCGUUAUGUACCUCAUCCACUACACGGGCUGGAACAAGAACUGGGACGAGUGGGUCCCCGAGAGCCGAGUCCUCGAGUACUCGGACGCCAACCUGGCCCGGCAGAGCGAGCUGCUCAGGGCCCAUCAGGAGCAGCAGGCAGGGGCCAAGGCGCGAGGGGGCUUCCGCGCCCGCAAGAUCCCAGGGCCGGGGCUGCAGCAGAAAAACGGGGGUAGGGCCCGACGAGACCCCCAAGAGGCCCUGGGCAGUGGAGAGGGCAGUAGCAGUAGCAGCAGCACCCCAGAAACGCCUCAGCCCCCUCGGAAGAAGAGGAUCCCCCUGGAUCCUACCGUGGAAAGCGAGGAAGCAGCCAGGAACAGGGCUGAAGUCAAGGUGGACAUCCCAGAAGAGCUGAAGCCAUGGCUCGUGGACGACUGGGAUCUGGUCACCAAACAAAACCAGCUCUUCUAUCUCCCUGCACAGAUGACGGUGGACUCCAUUCUGGAGGACUAUGCUCGUGCUAAGGCACUGACCAGAAGCAGAGAUGAGAAUGCUUAUGCCGUCCUGGAAGUCGUGGCGGGGAUCAAAGAGUACUUCAAUGUAAUGCUGGGCACUCAGCUGCUGUACAAAUUUGAGAGGCCACAGUAUGCUGAAAUCCUAGCUGAGCACCCCAAUAUCCCCAUGUCUCGGAUCUAUGGUGCCCCUCACCUGCUGCGCCUGUUUGUGAGAAUUGGGGGAAUGCUAGCCUAUACCCCACUGGAUGAUAGGAGUCUUGCUUUAUUGUUAAGCCAUUUGCAUGAUUUCUUAAACUAUUUAGCCGAGAAUUCUAAUGCAUUGUUUAGUGCCACUGACUAUGGGGUUGCCCCUCCUGAGUAUCAUAGGAAAGCUGCCUAA